UGGACUUGAUUGAUAACCAUUUUCAGUUAUACAUUUAAUGCAAUUAUUUGUGUUAAAUUACCUCCUGAAGACUUGGUGGUGUUACUCUUCUAUGGCAUGGAAUACCUGCACAUGUGAUCGGGAGAAAGUGAACCUGAGAAAGAAGAAGAGUAAACUUCCUUGACUAAAUCACAAGUUGUUCAUUUUAUUUUUUUAGAGGCAUGAUUAAACACCCAGAGAAAUGAACAACUUCACCUCUGUGACCAUGUUCUUCCUAAUGGGAUUUUCUGAUGUUCGGGAGAUCCAGAUCUUACACGCUGUGUUGUUUUUGCUGAUUUUCCUGGUAGCUGUACUGGGGAACGUUCUCAUCAUCACCCUCACAAGCAAGGAUCAUCGGCUCCACACCCCUAUGUAUUUCUUCCUGAAGAACUUGUCCUUUCUGGAUCUCUGCCUCAUUUCCAUCACUGUUCCCAAAUCCAUCGCAAACUCUCUGGCUCAUCACAACAUCAUCUCAUUCCUUGGUUGUGUUUCACAGGUAUUUUUCUUCAUCCUCUCAGCCACUACAGAAGUAUCUCUACUCACAGUGAUGUCUUAUGACCGCUACGUUACCAUCUGCCACCCACUGAGGUAUGAAGUCCUCAUGAGCCAUGGAGCCUGUGUGCAGAUGGCAGCUUCCUCAUGGGUCAGUGGAGUUCUCAAUGCAGUUCCGCACACAGCUUCUACCUUCUCCAUACCUGUGUGUGGGUCUCCUGAAGUUCAUCAGUUCUUCUGUGAUGUUCCACAACUGCUCUCCCUCACCUGUUCUUAUAAUACUGUGGAAUUAGUAGUCAUUGGGCUCAGCCUGGUGUUAGAUUUUGGCUGUUUUGUAUUUAUAGAUAUCUCUUACAUUCACAUUUUCUCCACUAUUCUGAGAAUCCCAUCCAGAGGAGGCAGGUCUAGAGCUUUCUCCACAUGCUUGCCUCACCUCACUGUUGUGACUAUCUUUCUCUUUUCUGUUUUUUUUUUUUUUUUUGCCUAUUUACGACCCUUACCCGAAUCUCCAUCACCCUUGGAUUUGCUGGUUUCAGUAUUCUAUACUAUGGUGCCACCCACCAUGAAUCCCGUCAUCUACAGUCUGAGAAAUAAGGAUAUGAAGAUGGCAUUAAAGAAACUGUUAAAGAGUAGGCAAUGCCCUUCAAAUUAG